AUGAGCUAUCGAAAGACGAAAGAUCAAUAUGAGGACGCGCCCAAUUCCGAUCCACAGCGUUCCGUUGAUGACUACGAUAGUAACGUCAUCAUGUUGGCCCCUCCAGCGUUGGAAAGAAGCAAAAGUGAUUUGAGUUUGACCUCAAGCGAGCUGAACAGAUACUCGAGCAUAAUCAAUCGUUUUCACACAAAUCCCGAUCCAGUCAAGUUUAGAUCAAGUGCCAAGAAUUCCUCAGCAACGAAGUUGACCCAACGAAGCAAAGUCACACCAUCUACCAACGCCCUGUCACUUCCACUGAGACUUUCUCGAGAAACGGACCUAACGCUGGUGACUGGGCGAGCUAGCUCGGAUUCGCAUCCCUAUGACCUGUCGAAGAGCAUUGCCGAAUCGGCAAUGGACAUAUCAUUGCUGACGGCAAAUGCCAACCAGCUAAGGUUGCUGAUAACUUACAACCAAGGCUCGCAGACUUACACGGCCUGCAUAACCUUCAUUAUUAUGUCUCUGGUUCUGCAGAUGUUGGUUGCUGUAACUAUGAUCAUCGUUACCCUAACGAAACAAAACCUCCAGGAGACUACCCGCCAAAAGCUCAAAAUUAUCACAUCGGUUGGAGUGGCCGUUAUCACGAUGAUAAACAUAUUGGUAGCCUCGCUAGUGGUGGCCGAACAGACGCCCACGUCAGCCAGUGGUGCUAUCAAGAUAAUGGAGAUGAUUCCUGUAAGCACUAGUACUGUAACCCCUGCAACGAUCAGUACUACUGUCAGUUCUCUGCUGGGAACUGAGGCAGGCACCUCUGUUGACAUUUUUACGUAG